AUGGUGGGACGAUCCAAGCUCAGAACCUUUGAUGCCAUUAAGAGCCGAGUGCAGCGUAGACUAGAUGGGUGGAAGGAAAAACUGUUGUCCCAAGCUGGCAAAGAAAUCCUCCUAAAAAUAGUGGCCCAGGCUAUACCGUCGUAUUGCAUGAGCAUUUUUUUGCAGCCCACGUCUCUUUGCCGAGAGCUAAAUGUGAUGAUGAAUCGCUAUCGGUGGGGAAAUCAAUCGAGCAGUAAGGGAAUCUUGUGGAAAAGUUGGACAAAAUUGGGUAUGUCAAAAAGGAAAGGAGGGUUAGGCUUCAGAGACUUGCACCUUUUCAACUUAGCUCUUUUGGCCAAACAAGCAUGGCGCCUCAUUCAAGACCCGGAUUCAAUGGCAGCAAAGUUCCUAAAGGAAAAAUAUUUUCCACAGGGUCCUUUCUUGCAAGCAUAG